UUCCCCGCCCCGCCAUGGAGGCCGGGCAGGGUCCCGGCGGCGGGGAGGUCGGCGACCCGGCCGAGAGGGAAGUACCAAAGCCUUAUGUGCCGACAGAGGAGGAAAGAAGACUCCUCAAGGAAUGUGCUGAAGAGAGUGCCCGGUAUAGAGCUUUUCCUUUGGCUGCAGUGAGCAUGCUUGCUACUAGUUUCUUAAUUAAGAAAGGUGUUCUAAGAGAUAGCUCAAGAUUUGGCUCUUUUACGAAAGUUGCAUUUGCUGGAAUGUGUGGAUACCUGGCUGGAAAGAUAUCCUACUUGCCAAUCUGUAGCGAGAAAUUUAAGAAACUGAAGGAUUCCCCAAUAGGAGAUGUUCUACGACAAGCUCAGAGACAUAGUUCACAUAACCGUUCCAGUCGGAAAUCUGAAUUUUCAGACAUGCCUUCUCAGUCAUUUACUGAAUCUUCUCCAAGAGCUGGAUUCCCAGUUUCUUCUAGCUAUUCAGAUGAUUAUAGUUCAACAGAUAGAGCCCUCUCAAGUUAUGAUCCUGUUCCAUUCAGUGCUUCCCUGAAUGAAUCUUCACCUACAGGAAUUACUGAUUACACUGUUCAAGAUCCUGCUCCAAUUCCAGAAGAAAAUCAUAAAAAAAAAGGCAUCACAUAUGAGGAGUUAAGGAAUAAACACAGAGAGACAUAUGAUGUAAUGCUACCACCAAAGGCAGAAACUCCAAGCAAGUUUGCACAGGAAAAAACAGUUAAGGAAGUUAAAGUAAAUAAAUAUGGAGAUACCUGGGAUGAGUAAGAGCUGAAUGAAGAACUGAAGAAAAUUCUCUCCUGUCAGCUAACUUGACCUUCAUCUAGAUUAGUCAUGAGUAUUGGCACCUUUGGUGUGUUUUGCCAGGCACAACUAUUAAUAAAUGAGGAGAAAAUCCUGACUUGCCAGAAAACUAAAAAAAAAAAAAAAGUAUUUAGGCUUAAUUUUUUUUAAUUUUGCAUAAAUGGCAAGCGAGGCUAUUGUGACAUGUCGUGACUAUAAACCAUCUGUGCUAUUGUUUAAGAAUGAAAAGGGUAACUGGCAAUAACUAAUACAAGUGUAGCAAAAGGUAAAAAUAUAUGUAAAUAAAUGCAAUCACAUGUAUUGGGAAGGGAAGGAUAUCAGAAUCUUCUCAAAUUUUCAAGACUUGCAUUAAAAGUUACCUGUAGAACUAACUUCUUGCUUUGUUUUGUCUGAAAGGGAUAUGCUGGAAACCUCACAUUGUUGUCAUGCUUGGUUAGUAACGUUUGGAAUAAUACUGUGAACUAUUCAGGAAAAAAAGGGCUGAGGAACCUAGCCAAACACAGAAGUAAGCACACUUAACUGUUUUUCAAAACUGUUUUCAUGGUGCCAGCUCUAUCUUUAGACCGUUGUUCUGACUUGCCCACACUAGGUCUCUUAAGACAGUCAUUUUGGAAGAAAAUGAUUGAAUGAAACUGCAGGUAUUUAUAAUAGCUAUAUUUAAACACAGAAGGUUAAACCUGACAAACUUCGAUAAAAGUUUGAAUGGUAUCUUCGCUGUUAAUAUUAGGUUUUGUGUAUUUAGCCUUAUUUCUCAGUUUGUGCAUGUCAUGACAAAAACCCCAUGUUUAUGGAGAGAAGAUCUGGAUCAAUGGAAUAUUGCAUUAUUAUUACCUGUAAGAAAAGAGCUACAUUGGCAAAACUA